CCAGCUGUUGCUCAACAUGUUAGUACAUCUGCUGCCUUUCAAAAGAUUCCAGGAAAGGAAAUUGCAACAUGCGCCUCAGUCUCAGCAGAAGAGGAAGCAAGAACUGGGACGAGCGCGACUUGGCUUUUUUUUUUUUUUUUCCUCCCUCAAAAGAUGUUUUUAGUGGCUUUUAAUGGACCCUGAGGUGGCGAGUACCUUUAGACAGGGACUGACAUAACACCAGGCUGCAAUGGGCCUGAGUUCAUCACUGGAAAGCCUUCUGUUGCCCCUCUGGAUUUCAUGGAUCUGUGCAGGACUGGCAGCAGCUGAGCUAGUGCACGAAGAGAACUGCACCAACUACGAGCUCCAGUUUGAAAGAGUGUUCUCUGUCCCUGGGGAUGUGGCCAUGCUGAAAAGCACCCUGCUGUCUCCAGACGUCUUUGACUUCACCACGGUCCCAUUCAGCAUCACCUGGUACAGCAAAAAGACAGGACAAGAGAUGAGAAAUGAGACCGGUCAAGUGCUGGUAUUUAGGGAGACCCUUUGGUUCCUCAACACAACUAUGGAUGAUGCUGGGGAAUACUUAACCGUACUGAGAACUCCUUCUCAGUGCUACAUGCAGUCCACUAAGCUGGUGGUGGAGCUGCCAGUUGCUGGAGAAUGUGGAAGGCCACAAAAAGUCGAGCAACGUCUUACAGAAGGAGUGGCUGACACCCUGACCUGCCCUUUGUCGGACUAUAUUGAUAAGCUUGACAGCUACGGCAUCAGCUCCUCUGUCAGUUGGUACAAAGGCUGUGACCCCAUAUUGGAUGAUUCAAGCAGCCAUGCCUUCCAGGGCAAGACUACAAUGAGGAUUCACAGGGUGAAAACUGAAAACAACGGUUCAUAUACUUGCAUUCUGACGUUUUCACUGGAUGGUGUAAACAGAUCUGUGUCGGAGACCAUUGAUGCGUCGGUCACAGAUGAUAUCAGCCUGGUUCCACAAAUUCGUGAACCAGAAAAUGAAAUUAUCAAGGCAACAAAAGGGAUGAAUUUCACAAAGAGAUGUCGAGUGUUUGUACCGGGUGCUGGAAUGCCAUUCGUUGAUGUAGUUUGGUUGGUCAGAAAUAAGUUGAUUCGUACUACCCAGCCAUCGGAUCGCAUCUACACAUCAGAGCAGCGUUCAUGGACCCAAGAUGACCCCAAGGGUGUGUGGUUGGAACGGCUUCUUCUUUUCUCUGAACUGAGGAGGGAAGAUUUCUACCUCAACUAUACUUGUCGAGCCUACAGUUCCCGAGACUUUUCAUACGGAUACUUUUCUUUGUUACCAACAGAGAACUGCACCAACUACAAGCUCCAGUUUGAAAGAGUGUUCUCUGUCCCUGGGGAUGUGGCCAUGCUGAAUAGCACCCUGCUGUCUCCAGACGUCUUUAACUUCACCACGGUCCCAUUCAGCAUCACCUGGUACAGCAAAAAGACAGGACAAGAGAUGAGCAAUGAGACCGGUCAAGUGCUGGUACUAAGGGAGACCCUUUGGUUCCUCAACACAACUAUGGAUGAUGCUGGGGAAUACUUAACCGUAGUGAGAACUCCUUCUCAGUGCUACAUGCAGUCCACUAAGCUGGUGGUGGAGCUGCCAGUUGCUGGAGAAUGUGGAAGGCCACAAAAAGUCGAGCAACGUCUCACAGAAGGAGUGGCUGACACCCUGACCUGCCCUUUGUCGGACUAUAUUGAUAAGCUUGACAGCUACGGCAUCAGCUCCUCUGUCAGUUGGUACAAAGGCUGUGACCCCAUAUUGGACGAUUCAGGCAGCCAUACUUUCCGGGACAGGACUAAAAUGACGAUUCACACGGUGAAAACUGAAAACAGCGAUUCAUAUACCUGUAUUCUAACGUUUACACUGGAUGGCGUAAACAGAUCUGUGUCGGAGACCAUUGAUGCGUCGGUCAAAGAUGGCAUCAGCCUGGUUCCACAAAUUCAUGAACCAGAAAAUGAAAUUAUCAAGGCGACAAUAGGGUUGAAUUUCACAAAGAGAUGUCGAGUGUUUGUACCGGGUGCUGGAAUGCCAUUCGUUGAUGUAGUUUGGUUGGUCAGAAACAAGUUGAUUCGUACUACCCAGCCAUCAGAUCGCAUCUACAUAUCAGAGCAGCGUUUGUGGACCCAAGAUCAUCCCAAGGGUGUGUGGUUGGAACGGCUUCUUCUUUUCUCUGAACUGAGGAGGGAAGAUUUCUACCUCAACUAUACUUGUCGAGCCCACAGUUCCCGAGGCUAUCCAGAUGGGUACUUUACUUUGUUACCAACAGAUCCAAAUGUCAUACUUCCUAUUGGAUUAGUUGCUGUUGGUGUGACCGUUCUCUUUGUCGUCAGUGUCACCAUCUACUACAUCUUCAGGAUAGACAUUGUGCUGUGGUUCAGGAGGGCGUUUCCUGUCCUCUAUACAAAUAAAGACCUGGAUGGCAGGCUGUAUGAUGCCUAUGUGGCAUGCCCUAAUCCUGGGGCCUUCGGAUUCAACGAGGAAGUGGAGAAGUUUGCCCUGCAAACACUGCCCGAAGUGUUGGAACAGGCCUGUGGCUACAAACUCUUCAUAGCAGGCCGUGACUGUCUGCCGGGGCAGGCCAUCAUGGAAUCUGUGGAUGAGAACCUUCAGGCCAGUCGACGUGUUCUCCUGCUCUACACUGCCUCCACUUUCAUUAGCAAAAGACACACAAGCAGCACCAGCGGUAACAACAACAACAUUACAAAGAUCAGUGAGGGAAGUGAGCCAAUCGAAAGCAGUACCAAUGAGAGCACUAGCAACGUGGAUUUCGAUGGUGGUGAUAAAGUCUUUUUGGACACGAGACAGCAGCUGGAAUGUAUGGCAGCCAUGAGCAAAGCACUUCUGGAGGGGUCCAUAAAGGUGGUUCUGGUGGAGCUGGAGGAAAUCACCCCAGCUCAGCUGGCCCUCUUCCCAGAGUCAGUGCUCCACCUGAGGAAGAAGCAGGGUGCUGUGUGCUGGUGGAAGGCUUUCCGGACGACGCAGAGAUGGAGGACAAGUUGGAGGAGGAGAGAAGACGAGGAAAAAGGUGGAAAGGAUUCAAAAAUGUCACCAUCCCUCUCUCCUUCCUCCAGGUUCUGGAAAGAAAUUAGGUAUCAUAUGCCAGUUAGAGGCAAGAGGGUGAUUUAUCCAGAGAAAACUGCAUUGUUGCACUUAUGAAAGAUUUGAAUGACUGAAUGAAAUGUUUAAGCAGCUAAAGAACAGACACAAAUUUCCAGGAAGUGUUCUGUAAUAUUUUGCUUUAACCUCUUUGCAUCUUGAGGAAAAAAACAAAACAUUUCUCAGUAGUUAAGGGUUCAUACUUGUGCAACAUGUACUGAAAUCAAUCCUGUGAAGAGCACAACUGUCUAUGGACUGUCCAGAGUGUCAAAAUUGUUCUCCAAGUGUGCAUGUAAAUUAGGAAAAUGUAAAUACGGUUGAAAAAAUUUGCAAAACAUUUGUACAUACUUGGUCAUGUUUCUAAUAUUAAAGCUGUGAUUUUAUUUGUUACAAGUGCUUAUGAUUAUUAAAAUGUUCAUAAACAUGUAAAAAAAAUGUAAAUAUAAGCUAUUGGUAAAGCUUGUUGUGAUGAUGGUGAAGUCAUCAUUUGAGGAUUCUCCCUCAAACAUUUUAUAUUUGUCGCUAUUAUAUACUGUCUCAAAGCUUUUAAAUAAAAAAGAGGAUUGUCAAAA